GUUACUAGCAAGCAGAAAAGGAAGCUUUCUAACUUUUAGCGAUUCUGAUAAAAACAGAAUCGUAAGUCUUCAAUUUUAUUCCAUUUACAUACAGUACAGACGUUUCUGUUUAUUUCUGCUAACAUCUUCUGUUGUGUAGUCUCGGUUCAUCUCCCUAAAAACAGUUUAACGUGUGUUAUGCACAGUUAGCUUAGCUUCUAAGGUCAGCUAUGUUUACAGAGCUCAACAGCAUCCUGAACGCCGCUCCUGACAGCUUCACGCGGGGGGAAUUUAUCUUAGUGUCUGACACACAGAGUGAUGCCUCUUUCCUCAUUCACCACUUCCUUUCUUUCUACCUGCGAGCGCGAUGUAAAGUGUGUUUCGUGGGUCUGGUGCAGUCCUUCAGUCACUACAGUGCAAUCGGUCAAAGACUGGGUGUGAGUUUAACACAAGCAAAGGAAAAAGGUCAGCUGAUUUUCCUUGAGGGACUGAAGGAGUCACUCUCUAUUUUAAUCCCUCAAGAAUCCACAGCAGAAAGUCAAGCCAUGGACUUCCUCAGGGAUCCUACUUUUGGCCUGCGGAGUCUGUAUGAGUUUGUCCGGUCCAGUGUGAACAGUCCUGGUGGUGGGGAGGAAGGGGCGGAGGAGUGGGGCCCCCCUGUUUUGCUGGUGGAUGAUGUCAGCGUGCUGUUGAGUCUGGGAGUCAGUGCUGGAGCUGUGUUGGACUUCAGCCAUUACUGCAGAGCCACAGUCUGCUCUCAGCUACAGGGGAACAUGGUGAUGCUGGUACGCUCUCUUGGGGAAGAAGUGGAGGAUGAUGGAAGCGAUGAAGGAUCAGAGUGGCUCCUGAAGGGCCUGACCCACCAGUGCAGCCUCACUCUUAAUGUACAGGGCCUCCCAACUGGCUACUGCAGGGACAUACACGGUCAGGUGGAGGUUUGUUGGAGGAGGAGACAAGGUGACGGGCAGCAUACACAGAAGAAACUUUUUCAGUACAAGGUCCAUGAUAAAGGAGCAUCCUUCUUUGCUCGUGGGACAUCCAGUGCUGUUCUCUAGUUACACCUUCGCACAGAUUUAGUCUCUUUUACACAACAACUGACCAAUUGACUGUUACAGUUCGAUGUUGCACAACAUCGCAAAAGCUGCCAGAAUGGUUGGUGAAUCAGCCACGGCUGGUCACUGGUGUCAGCAAACCCAGUCUGGAUCCCAGACCUUGUGAAGGAGGGACAUUGCUAAUCCUGUUUGAGAUCUCUGAAUCUCUGGAGGCCAGUGUGAUUACCAGGCUGACUCAUAAUGUUGUCAGUAUUUGGCUGAUUUUAGUGGACGACUCAACAAAAUACUCAGAUCGCAGGAUUGCUGUUUUUUUUUUUUUUGAGAGAAUCUCGUGAAUUAAUAAAGUGAUUGUU